CUCACAGCACCAGACCAUCCGGACCAGAAAGGACCAGAUCCAUAAAGAACAGACAGGACCAGACUGAGAACUACAGGUCUAAAGAACCACAGCCUCAGACCUGAAGCACUCGACUUAUCAAGACCAGAACCAUCAGGACCAGACUGAAAAUCAGAAAACCAGACUGAAGACCAGAUCACAACACUCAGAACUAAUCAGGACCAGAUCAAGGACCAGACUGAGAACCACAGGUUCAGAUUGAGAACUAAAGCUUCAGACCUGCAGCAUCCAGAACUAAUCAGGACCAGAUCAAGGACUGAGAGAGGUACGAAACCCCAGACUGCUCUAUCAACUCUUCUGACAGGCUGAGGAUUUCUAACUUCACUGUGGGCUGCUGAACUCUGUGUUUCUAUUGUAUGUCCUCACUUCCACAAACAUCAAAGAGACUCUACUGACUCUACUGUUGGACUCUACUGAGUCCGUGAGGAUUUGAUCUGAAGGAUCCUGAACUGUUGCUGCUUGUUUCUGCAUCAGGACCUGCUGCAAGUGUUCUUAGUCUUCUGCAGAGAAAGACACUGUCUCUACUGACUCUACUUACUCUACUGUCAGUGUUGGAGUGUCAUUCAGAGCCCAUCAUGUCUUCUCUGUUUGCUGUGUUCUUAUUCGUGGCCAUCAGCCUUCUCAUCGACACCUCUCCAGCAGUCUCUCCGGCUCCUGAGGUCAACGUGGUGUCUCGGCGCCUGGAGGGUGCGUCAUCCACUGAGUGUCCGUCUUGCUCUCUGUCUAAGAUGAGGAGGAACUCGUCUUCAUCGGGAGGACAGAGCGACAUGGUGGAGGCAGUGAAGCGUCACAUUCUCAACAUGCUGCACCUGAGUGCCCGGCCCAACCUGACACAGCCAGUCCCUCGAGCCGCGCUGCUCAACGCCAUCAAGAAGCUACAUGUUGGCCACGUGGCUGAAGACGGCAGUGUGGAGAUCCAGGAGGAGGGCCGGAACCCCGGGGCCCCAAAACCACCUGAACCACCGUCUGAAAUCAUCACCUUUGCAGAGCCAGGUGACUCUCCAAACAUGGUGACCUUUGACAUUUCGAAGGAGGGCAGCAUCUCCUCGGUGGUGGAACAGGCGAACAUCUGGAUCUUUCUGAAGAUGUUAAAGGGAAACCGAGUGAAGGGCAAAGUGACGCUGCAGCUGCUGCAGCUUCAUAAUGAGGAUGAUGAGGAGGAGGAGUGUGUUUCAGAGAAGAUGGUGGACACUCGUCGCAGCGGCUGGCACACUCUUGCCGUCCCUCGCAGUGUUCAGACUCUGUUGGACAGCGGCGGCAGCUCUCUCCGCCUGCGAGUUUCCUGUCCGCUGUGUGCCGAGGCCGGAGCUUUGCCUGUCCUGACGCCUGUGAAUGGCGAGCGAGCCACAGGCCGAGAUCAGUCUCAUCGGCCAUUUCUCAUGGUGGCGCUGCGAGCUCGAGAGGAGGCAACGCAGCGACGAGUCAAACGAGGUCUUGAGUGUGACGGGAAAAUACGUGUCUGCUGCAAACGACAAUUUUAUGUGAACUUUAAAGACAUUGGCUGGAACGACUGGAUUAUCGCUCCAUCAGGUUACCAUGCCAACUACUGCGAGGGCGACUGUCCAAACCACAUUGCAAGCUUCAGUGGGUCGUCUCUCUCCUUCCACUCAACAGUUAUCAAUCAUUACCGCAUGAGGGGCUACAGCCCGUUUCAAAACAUCAAGUCGUGCUGCGUGCCAACACGGCUGCGUGCCAUGUCAAUGCUUUACUACAAUGAAGAGCAGAAAAUCAUCAAGAAAGAUAUCCAGAACAUGAUCGUGGAGGAGUGCGGCUGCUCGUAAACACUGAUAAAGACAUUAGAAACACUUUGAAAACCCACCGCCUACAGGAAAAACAUCAAAUCAGCACUUUCCCAGUAAAGAUAAAGUAUUUAUGUUUAGUGAUAAAGCAUCAUAUUUCUUAUUGGGAGAGAAUCUUAUCCACAUUGGAACAACCUGAGAAUACUAUGCAACAGAUCCUGCAACGUCAAACUUUACCUGUCCACAUUUAUACAUGUGGUUUGUCAUUUGUUUUCCAUUGUUUGUCUACUGUUUUCUACUGUUAUAGAAAAUACGUGAGCGAAUCAUUUCUGAUAUGUUCUACUGUUUACUGAAGGUCCAACUUGUGUAUAAAUCUCGGAUGUUGAGAUACUUGAAAGAAAUUUGUUCAACCAGCUGCUUGAGCCAAACGUUAUUAUUAUUAUUAUUAUUAUUAUUAUUAUUAUUAUUAUUAUUAUUAAAUUAGAUAGAUUUUAAUAUUUGCACAGUAAAGAACAUUCCUGGAAGUUUUUUCCUCGGCUUCAAAGUUUGAGCUGAUAAGAUUCAGAAGAAAGCCAAAGACAGUUGACACUGAAGAUGAAGAUGGUUCAUUUUACUGAAAUAUCAACCGUGAGUUAAUUAACUAAAUCAUGUUUUUUUAACAAGCUGUGAGUUAAUUAAUUAAAUGAUUGUGAUUAACGAGGUAUGAGCAAAUUCACUGUAUGAUGUGUUGUUAAAAUGUGAGUAAAUUUAAUGUUAAUGAACUGUGAUUAAAUUAACUAGAUGAAGCAGUUCACUAGCUGAGUAUAUUAAGUAAACAAUGGGCCUCGUGCAGGAAGCAAUAUACAAAAAAAAUUCCUCUAAUUUUUGUUCGUAUCCACGAUUUGUUCUUAUUCUGUUAGUAGCCACUGAUUUCUGGGAUUCACCAGUGUUUUCUUAUUUUUGCUCUUCUCGUAGGUAGGAGAAAAUUUUACAAGUGGUCAAGAGCACUCUUUCAAAGAUAAGAACAAAACAUCUUGUUUUCACAGUACAAAAAUUGUUUUACCAAUACAAGAAAACAUUUUAAAUUUGAUGAACAUAAAAAAAACAUAAUAGAAAUUAUUAUUAUUAUAUGAUUUAGCAUAAUUAUAAUGAUUGGGUGAUUAAAUUAGUGAGCUCAAGAAAUACUAUGUGCCUGGCAGUGGAUCACUUUCUUUGUCAGGGGCUACAGAAACUGGUGCACCUGGAGCGUCUGACUGGACACCUGUCAAUGCCACCUCUCCGAUUAUUUCUUGAAUUCUUAGUUCCACCACUUCCUCCUGUUCUCCUCCAGUUGUCAUCAUGGAGCACUUGGCUUGGGCAAUUCACUUCUUUGCUUCCAUUUUCCUGUCAAAGCAUUUUCUUUUUAAUUUCAGUUACUGCGAGUCCCUCUGCUGACACGGCAUUUACAGCAUCACAGGAGCAAAGAACCAUGCUGGGUUUUUGAUCUUCCUGUAUUGCCAGUACUGAUGCGCUGGGAAGUCACGUUUAUUUUAAGUUUAUUUAAUAGUAUGCUGAUUUCACAACUGCUGAUGUCCUCUUCUUACGUCCUUUUUUUGGUGGCAACUCUCCAGCUCAUGGGCAUGUGCCAGAUUAUUUGCACACAGCAAAACACUUGCCCUUAUAUAACGCUUAGGGUGCGUUAACUAUGCAAAUAACAAACAAUCGGCCAUGCGUCUCUUGACAUUAAUUAUUUUUCCAAUUAACAGAAAAUUAAGAGAAAAUAUAAGAGAAAUUUAAGAGAAUGUUGCUGCUUGAGGCCCAAUGUUUCGUUAAUGAGCUGUGAGCAAAUUAGUUAGAUGAGGCAUCAGUUAACGAGCUGCAAGUAAAUCAACUACACAAGGUGUUAACGAGCUGAGAUUAAAUUAACUGUACAAUGUAUCAUUAAGAUGUGAGUAAAAUAACAAAAUGAUGUGUCGUUGAGCUGUGAUUAAAUUAACGAGACAAUUUUGUUAACGAGCUGUGAGUAAAUUAAGUAGACAAUGUGUUGUUAAUGAGCAGUGAACAAAUUAGUCAGGUAAAGCAUCAGUUAACUACACAAGUUAACAAGCUGAGCAAAUUAAGUGCACAAAGUUUCAGUUAGAGAGCUGCGAGUUAAUUAACUAAACAAGGCGUUGAUAACAAGCUUUGACUAAAUCAACUAAAUUGGGUGUUGUUAACAAGCUGUGAUUAAGUUAACAAGACAAAGCUGUGAGUAAACUAAACGAUGUUAAUGAAAUCAAUAUGACCGAUGUUAAAUUAUUUAACUGGUGAAACAAAACGGACUGAAAACAUUUUUCAAUAGUUUGGAUUGUUGCUUCACUGUAAAACAAUAUGAGAUGUUGAUGCCAACUUUAUAUAAUUUAUUUGCAUUUUUGCAU